GUUAAUAAUAUUUUAUUGUUACUUAUUUACUACUUAAUCACUGUAUUACCAUUAUAUGAUUUUUAAUUAGCUUAUUCAGUUAUUCAGUUGUGUGUUGAUCACUUUACUUACAAAAUGUUUGCUAUCAAUUCACAUAGCAUUUGAACCAAGCAUCUCUUUUGAAAAUGGUUCACAAAAGCUCAACUAACUGAACUAUAAACUCAAACACUCAACACUCUAAGGAAGAUUUUAUGGAAAUUUCGGUGGAUUACCGAAUUUUGUAAGAAAUUUUGGUCUUAUUUUGAAAAUUUAGCAUUUUUCAGACUAAUGUUCAUGUUCUUAAUGUUCAUGUGGUCUUAUUUUGAGAACAUAAUUCUUAAGACGAAUGUUCUUGAUUUUAGAUCGUGCAAUAAGGCUGGAUUUUUGUAAAAAAAAAAAAAUCAUAAUAUAACAUAUAUAAAAAGCGUUUGCUUAGUAAAAAAAAAUAUGAUUUUUAAAUAAAAAGUAAAUUAUCUAAAUUCACAUGCAUGAAUACUUCACCAAAUUUGAUCGUGCAAUAAGGCUGGAUUUUUGUGAACAUUAAAUCAAACUAUCAACUUUUUCGGUAUAUAUAAAAAGCCAUUGUUUAUUAAACAAAAUAUGAUUUUCAAUUGAAGUACGCAUGGGGAAAUAUAUGAAUUUUGACAAUGACUAGACUUUGUCAUACUGAUAACCUAAGGCCUCUCUCUAUCUGGACUUUAUAAAAUAUGAACAUCACUAGAGCGAAAGCUCUCUUGACGCACGAAAACCAGGUUCGUUUAUUUUGGUACUAAUUCAAACGCUGCUCAGUUGUUGCUGAACUGACACGUCGAAAUGUCGUCGCUUUUUAAUUCGACUUGUCUAUGCCUCAUCUGCUGUGUUGUCAUUGCUGCCACACAAAAUUGUGAGAUAGAAGGAGACUGGUACUCCGAUUUAAAGUGCCAGGAAGUGAGCAGUCUACAGGAAAUAACUAGAGUGAAAUCUUUAUCCUCAAUACUCCAACUAAAUCUCGUCAUCAAUAACAACCAUACAGAGCUAAUCAUUGGAGCAGCCAACUUUACUCUUCCCACUUUGAUGGGUAUCGAUCUGCAUGUGCCACACUUAGAGCUUCGCAAUGGCGCCUUCGCCAAUUUUCCUGAUCUAGGGUGGAUCACUAUGAAUGACUGUGGCUUGGAGCAACUGGAGAAGUCGUAUUUUUCCAUUCAUCGGAGGAUGCUCCAGAUCAGAGUCAGCCACAAUAAGCUCAAAUUUAUCUCAAAAGGUGUUUUUGAGAAUCUUUUCCAAUUGGUUUAUGUUUAUUUGGAUCAUAAUGAUCUGACUCAUCUGGAGUUGCCGCACAUGACUUACCUGAGAGAUCUUUACCUUGGACAUAAUAAAUUAGACGAUUUUAACUGUGAUUGUCCACACUUACUACUACUCUACCUCAACGACAAUCAACUCACUCACGUGGAUUCCACUUCAUUCCAACAAUUACCCGAAUUAUUGGAGCUGCAGCUGAGCGGAAAUUUGAUAACUGAUAUUGGCAAGAAUACUUUCCAGUCGUUGACAAAACUGCGCACUCUAAAUCUAUCGAGGAAUGCAUUGACUUCACUUCCGGCAGAUGUCUUUGGCUCAUCAAUUGAGCAGCAAUUCACAUUGCAACAAUUGGAUCUCUCUCAUAACAACAUUAAUGUGCUCUUCGAAAACCAAUUCGAAUUGCUAGGUGGACUCCAGUUGCUGGAUUUAUCCGGCAAUAAAAUUGCCGUUUUGAAGAGUGCUCACUUCGCAGGUCUGAUUUCGUUACGCCAUUUGUAUUUGGGGUCAAACGACAACAUGGAGCUAAGGGGACACACCUUUGAAACACUCAAGCAACUGGAGACGCUCGACUUGUCACACAUUGGUCUCGAUAUUCUGGGUCCACAUCUCUUUGGCUACAAACAGGAGGAGACAGAAAGUAUCUAUUAUUACUUGCGAAUGGCUCACAUGCGUAAGCUUAAUCUAAACGGCAAUAAACUCCAACAUCUGCACCUUAGAACCUUCGCUAAGUUAUCCUCUUUGAAAGAACUCUAUCUGAGCAACAAUGCAUUGCGGUUUCUUUCCGCAAGCGUGCUUGAUCCAAUACAAAAUUUGAGGAAGCUGGACGUGAGUUACAAUCAAUUGGCAGAGAUAAGCAGCGAAGUUCUGAAUAGGCUGAACAACAUCACGGAUCUGCAUAUUGACAACAAUCAGCUGACUUUUCUACCCAAUCUUAAUGGAACGCUGCCCCAUUUGCAAAGUGUGGCCAUCAAAGGCAAUCCCUGGCAAUGUGUUUGCUUGAUGGAAUUAAAGGAUUGGUUGACUUCCCGCCAGGUAAACUAUGAAGACGGCAGCAAUGUGAAAUGCGUGGAGACAACCUUUGAUUACUGUGUGCAAAAUGUGAAGGAUGAUCGACGUAACGAUGCUGAGAAUGAGCUUGAGUUUUGGCGAACAACCGGAUGAGGUGUUGCAAUGGUGAAACUAUGUAAUUUAAUCGUAAAAUUUACAAAUUGAAUUGUUUGCUUGUAUUCUUCAUGGCUUCACAAUUUUAAGAAAUUCUUUUCAAGUUCGUUAAAAAUUAUACUUUUUAUAAUAACCAAAUUCGUUUUAAUAAACAUACAUUAAUGAAUUAA